GCCAGAGAAACUUCUUGGAGUCGUCUCCUCUGCUCUCUCUCUCUCUCUCUCUCUGCGCGACGACGUUACCAGCUUUUAGACUUUUCUUGAAAACCUUCCUCGCUAAGGAAAAUCUGCCCAUCGCUCGAAUCAUUUUCUUUCAUUUUCCCCGUUCUUUGGUCCAAAAGGAAAUUCUUCGUUUUUAUAAAUUUAGACGCGCUUUAGCAUGCUCAACGCCUUUUGGGAGGGGCUGAGCUAAUUCACUGGAAUGAUGAAUUGCUGAUUUUCUUGCUUUUUUUUCUCGGGACCCAUUUGACGGGAAGCAGAGAAUUGGGGGUGUCUUUCUCGUUUCCCUUCGGCUUCAGAAAGAAAGGGCCAAUUUUGGUUCAUAUUUUCUGUUGCUGAAUCGAAAUCUGAAGAAGGGGCAAUUUUUGUCGGUGUUGAUUUUUGGGGUGGGUGCGAGAAGACAUGGGUCAACAGCAAUCCAAGGACGAGUUGGUGUAUCAGCAGGUCAGCUAUGGCAACACCGAAGGAAUCAAAGCCCUCUGCAGAGAAGGCGCUGGCCUCGAGUGGAUCGACAGAGAAGGGAAGACGCCUUUGAUAGUCGCUUGUAUGAAUGCGGAGCUGUAUAAUGUUGCCAAGGCUUUGAUCGAGUUGGGCGCCAACGUCAAUGCAUACCGACCCGGUCGCAAUGGUGGCACUCCUUUGCAUCAUGCAGCUAAGAGAGGCCUCGAGAGUACUGUUAAUUUACUUCUUUCUCAUGGAGCAAAUGCACUGUUGAUAAAUGAUGAUUGUCAAACUCCACUGGAUGUGGCGAGAGCUAAAGGAUACGCUAAUGUUGUCCGUACAUUUGAGGGUCACAUGGGAUUAUUCUCUGGUUGGUUGCGGGAGUUUUAUGGUCUUGGGUUUCUGGAAGUACUUGCUCCUCAGUUGCUUUCAAGAAAAGUGUGGGUAGUCAUUUACCCUUGUGGUUCUCGAAAGCCCACAAAGCCAUUCAAGUUGGAAAUGGCAAUAUAUCCUAGUAUGCAGGAUGCUCAACCUCGAGCAAUUGUUGCAUUGUGGAAUGCCAACUUAGAGGAACCUAAAUUCCACCAUUUUGAUCAUUCAGUGACAAUUGUCGACAAUUCUUCAAUCCCAAGGGGCAGGAGGCGGAGACACAGGAGGUAUAGGCCACGAACAGAUAGGCAGACCCGUUAUAGAUUCGCACCUGCCAAUGAAAGUGACAGACAGCAACUCCAGUGGUUUUGUGAUGCAUGCAAAGGGAUUCCACAGGCCACGCAGCCAGCAUUUUUGCGACCUGCGCAGCCACCGGUUCAGGCAACUGCACCACCUGCCGCAGAGGAUCUGGAAUUAGCAAUGGCAAUCAACGCCUCCAUCCAGUCGGCUAUGCAGGAUGUGCCACCACAUUUUCCUGCUCAGCAAGGUGUUGGGACAAGUGCAUCCACCAGUUGGAGUAAUUCUGCAGAAGUUACGAGUCACGGUGAUUCAAGUGCAGCAGCCGCGACAGCUCCAUCCAAGGAUGGCUGCAGUCCAAGCAAUGAAAUAGCUCCUAUAGCUGUGCCACCUCAAAAUAUUGAAGGUGUCAGUGAGAACUCCGUCUCUGCUCCAUCAGCCCCUCCAGCAAAUGUUGAGGUUGUAGAGGACGGCCCGAUUCAAUAUCCAUCCAUCGACAUCAGUCCGAUUGAUAUGUCCGCUCCAUUAAUCAGCGACUUACCACCUGUUGGCUCUAGCGGGAGCAAAGAAGACGGAAGUGAAGAGACGUGCUGUGUCGUUUGUUUGGAUGCUCCCGUUCAGGGAGCUUGCGUGCCGUGUGGGCACAUGGCGGGCUGUAUGUCUUGCUUGGAAAAGAUCAAAGCCAAGAAAACCGGGUGCCCAGUUUGUCGUACCAAGAUUGACCAAGUCAUAAGGCUGUAUGCUGUUUGACUAUGAAGCUUCGCCUAUCUCGAACAGGUACGGUGAUUGUUAUUACAAUGAGGUGUUAAGUUGGUACUGUGCAUGCAAGUUUUCUUGAAGGUUCACAGGUUGAGAUUGCUUAUAGCUUGGGGAGUAAAGAGAGUAUUACGUGUUUGUGCAGAUUGAAGGAAAGGUGGUUCCAGAAACAUGAAGGAGCGUGACUGCAGUACAGAUAGAUGAUACCGAGUUCUCUGCAUCUAUGUGUUUGUCCGAUCCGUAGAUCGGCUUGUGGUUUUGUAAUAUAUGGUCAGCAGCAUCUUUAUCUCCAGUAUGUGGCAUGAAUUGAGAGCACAAUUGGAUUGCUUUAUGUUGUGUGGAACUGUAAAGCAAAGAAUGAUACCAUGUCUUUUGUCGAUAGCAUUUCCC